CCAUGGUAUUCUUAACUAGUUUGAUCAUAUAGAUCGACACUUUUCCCCCAAAAUAGAAGCAAUAGAAAUUAGGAGAACUCUUUGAACAAAAACUCUCGUCUUUCUUCUCAUACGGCUGGGUAGAAUACAAAUUGCUCGCGAAGGACACUGUGGGGCUGGUGACUGCCCAUAUUAGCAUUUCCAUUUGUUUAGCUAUCUCUUGAAUUUCUGUUCUUCAUGGAUUCAACGUCUGAUUCGCAAGUUAUAAGGAGGAGAAACGGACCGGCAUUUGAGUAUUUGGUUCCACUUAUUUAUGCACCAGCCCUUCCCCUCAUUAGGAUAGCGCUGAGGCACAAGCCAGUUCUUAGGGAUCGAUUGUUCUAUGGUGUCUUGGCUGGUGCAUUUGCUCAUGGAACUUAUUUAGUUACAGAUCUAUAUGAUUCUGAGAGCAAGUGAUGGAUAUUCUGACUUGGAGAUAUCUCUUCUACAGCAAUUUUCCCUCUGCUUAAACAAGAUGCAACUUGAUAUUUUGAUGACAUUUGUACUACUCUAUAUGCAUGCGACCGUGCUUCUAUCCUUUGGUGAGGGGUAGACUAAAUACCCAUUUAAACAUUUUUGCUCUUUGGAAUCAUUAAUUUGUUUGAGAAUUUUUGCUGAAACAUAUGUAGCAAUCGUAAUCAAAGAAUCCCAUAGUUCAAGGUUUCA